AUGGAAGAACUUAAAGCUGGUGUGUUUAUAGAUGAUAUCUACACCGUGCGAGUUGAGCAUCCAAACCUUUCCAGUAGCAAAAUAAAGUUUAAACAAGAAUGCUUUAAAUACAGCAAAGCAUUCACAAUUUUUAAAAAGUUUGUGUUUAAUUAUUGUAAUAUAUCUAUCUUUGCUAACGAUGUCGAUAGAAAACUGCGCGCUAUUGGUACACAAAAUCAAUUAAAAACGGCAUUUAUCCAGCGCCAGAGUAUGCAGCAAGUCUAUCAAUAUGAGAUAUUUGAGCAAACGGUAGAACUUGAUCGCUUAAAAGGCGAAUUGCAGUUUUUACAGCGAAUUGAAACUGAACAACAUGAAAUAGUAAACAGUUUUUUUGUCAAUCAAUAUUAAAAUUUAAUCCGAUUACAAAGACGUUUUCCUUAUCUGGUUAUUGUGUAAAAGGUUCUUACGAUAACAUGUAAGACUGCAUAAUAGAACUUUUGUCGUUGAUCAGUUAUAUGUCUUGCCAUUUUUACAACCGCUUACAUAGCACACCUGUGAAAGAGGCGGUGUACGAGGAAUUUGUGCCUUUAAAGGAAAUUCGUAACCUGUGGCAACUAUUACAUAGUUGCUAUUAACAGCGACCGUUUUGCGCUGCCUCCAUGUCACUGGAGUCUGCAUGCCUAAAAUCAACUUUCUAGCUUUUAUAGUUCCUGUGAUCUCGACUUUCAUACGGACAUGGUCAGAUCGACUCGGCUAUUGAUUCUGAUCGUGAAUAUAUAUACCUUAUAUGGUCGGAAACCCUUCCUUCUGACUGUUACAUACUAUUCAACCAAUUUAGUUUACCUUUACUGUACGAGUAACGGGUAUAAAAAUAAUGUAAAUUAGAAUAAAUAAAAA